UCGGCUUCCGCUUCGGCAUGCCAGUUUCAGCCCGUUUCCCGGGAGUUGUGCUAGUACUGUCUUGGCUGAGACGAUCUGUUAAUUCCAAGACACUUUCAACGGCUCAUAACGGGAAAACGAACAGGGGUAGACCUGGGUAGACCCCGAGAUUUGCAAAGAAGAAAGGUUAAACUAACAAGAUGACCAAAAUAAUCCGAUAAAACCGCUAACAGUAACCAGCAAUGAAUCCAAGAAGAACAACAAAAACAACACUGAAAUCAUCAUGGCGGCUUGCAGUCAUGACCGAGCAAUUCAAACUAUUCACAAAUGCUCAAGAAAGCAAAAUAUUUAAAGGUAACGUAACUACUAUCAAGAUUAAGUGUUCCGACAACUUUCCACGGCAGUACAGUGUAGAAAUUACACACAAAAGCUUGGAAUAAAGCGAAAAUUUCAUCAUAUACACCUCUGAAAACGGCUCGUCGUAAGCGCGAAAAUCACUCUACAAACAACGCAUUCUGAUUGGUCGAAUCUCGUGACGCACACCGCCUGGAAAAAAACCCUUGGAGGGCGCGUGUUAGAGGUAACCGCUGUAAAAAUAGGUAAUGCAGUCACGCGAAACAAGCCGUGCAGGCAAAAUCAGUUCGCCCCUGAAUGAGUAAAGAAAAUUUUCAUAAGGAGUUGAGUAGAAUUAUAUUGAACAGAUUAUAUUAUAUAUCCUAAGCUUUAACUAUAGUUAUAGAUAUGAAAUAAAUCUUGUCUAGAUGAUGUUCGCAGUUAAUUCAUCGAUUCAGCGCAGCAAAGAUAAAACUGGUCGGAUACUGGGCACCUGACAUUAAUACUUAGUGAAUGUUUCUGGCCUCCCUUAUUCCAAAAAAUAUAUAAAUUGAGUUUCAAGAAGAAUUGAUGACAACCUUACUUCUUUUAGUAUCUUCACUUCAAAUAUAAAACAGUUUUUGAAAAUAUCACAUAUUACCAACCUUAUUUGAACAGCACUAGUUUUACUGCGCAGUAAACAGCGUUAAUAUUAGCCAUGAACAGUUUACUCACUGAACAGAACAGCGCCUUCCGCAACUGUCUCUCAAGCUGCAAACACGCCAAAACUUGCAUUUUAAAGCUGAAAUAUUCAGUUCCCGUUCGAAAUACUUCGUUUACCGAAAGCUGCAAUUGAGUUUUUGUUUUAAGUGGCCGGAUAUUGGUACCGGCCGGAUACUGGGCAACAUACUAUAAUCAUCAUGUUAUAAAGGAUAUAACUUGUGUCGGACGUUCCUUCCAACAGCUGAUUUAUGGUAAGCUGCCAGAUUGCAUAGACCGCAUUAAACUGUCGGUUGUAUUGGGAUAUCCCCCUGUGAGUGUUGAUAUUAGUAAUUUCUUUAAUUUUUUUUUCAUCACUGUUUGGUGAAGAUCGAUCUUUCUUACCUGUAAGUCACAAAAGCGGUGUUGAUUUUAUUGCUUAUAUAAGUAUCUCUUAUCUGUCCGCAUUAACUAAUUUUCGAGGCAGGACCUCGAAAACCCGAACUCGGAUAACUCGAAUUCUCCGCUCACUCGAACCAAAUUUCCUUUCCCUUGAUCAGAAUUUCACUGAAAUCUACCCCUAUAACUCGGAUUCCCCACUAACUCGAACUGUUUUUCGUUUCCUUUCAGAGUUCGAGUUACCGGGGUUUUACUGUAGUUACUCGCCGAGAGGUGUACCACUAUCUUGAAUUUUUUUCUUUUUAGGUGUACCUACAUCAUUCGAAGUGUUAGCCGAACCUCAAGGUUGUUAUGCAGCUCUUUCAUGGAAUAUCCCGUCAUAUAAUUCUUGCCCGAUAACUCGAUACACCGUUCACUACAGGCAAUCUAAUCAGCUGAUAAUGUGGCAAACAACCUUCAUAGAGCGAAACUUAACCAAUUAUCGUCUUAGGCUGAACUGCAGUAGCACCUACAAAAUUAUGGUUCUAGCAUGGAAUGACCGUGGAAGCAGCAUAAAAGAUGCCAAAGUGCUGGCCGUGACAACAGAAGAGGGUAUUAGGGUCGUUAUGUGUUUCACAAACCGAGGUGGUUUAUGGAGAUUUUGACCGCUGAGAAUCAACCGACGUUUCUCACUUUUUCUUGUACCGGCUCUCCAUUAUGCACUUUUGUUAGGGUUUAGAAGCCUGAAUUUCAGACAUUACUUCGAGUCGCUUACUCCCUCAGUAACGUCUGAAUCGACCAGCUUUAAGGCCAUCCAGUGACGUCACUACCCGAAACCGGGUAGUGAUUUUGAUUGGUUGAUUGUCCAAACAUUUGCAUAAUUAUUCAUAAUUAUGAGAAAUUUUAGCGGGACUGUCGUUUGAUAUUUAGCGGAUCGCUUGCGUGGAGUUCAAAAAUUUCGAUAAUCUUUAUCGUAAACAGGAAAAUUUGCCUUUGUCUUUGAAACUAUUUAACUACGCAUGAAGAAUCAAUGCGCAGAGUCGGUAGGUUUUUCAUGUAGAGCCGCUUUGUGGUUUCGGCAGUGAAUUUGUUUGUGCGAAGCUUUUAUGAGAUUUAUAAUUUGAACUUCCUGUCAUUUCCACCGUCAAGUGUAACGAUUCUGUUAGCUUUUCUUUCUUUUUUUCUUUUUUCUUUCAUCUUCAUUAGGGAACAACAAAUAGCUUCUUUCCUUCUAAGCAAAUUGUUGUGCUUUGAAGUGUCCCGUGUGUAUAUUUAUUUCAUCGCGUGACCGCGAUCGUGUUAGAUUACUAACUUGCAACAGAUCUAGAUUCGUUCAGAGUUCUGCAUGCAGUGGAUAGUUUGAACGUUCAACGUGAAUUACCAUUUAAUAGUAAAGCAACUCUGUACCAUGCUCGCCUUUACCUGACGGUAUUGACUUUUCUUUGUUUCCCAGUUGAAAAUCGUGUUUUACUUUUUGCAUGAAUUAAGGCAAAGGGUAGUGACGUAACUGGGCGGCAUUAACGGUCGGUCGAUUCAGACGUCACUGAGGGAGUAAAAACGACUCGAAGUAAUGUCUGAAAGUCAGGCUCAGAGUUUAGAGUAUUUCCUUAACUUAGCUGGGCCGGGCUAUUUAGUUUCAAUGUACCUUAUUACAAGAAAUUUUCGCGACAUGUUUAUUUCGCGAUUUUGCGAAAAUUUUAUAUUUUGAAUCACGUUAAUUUCGCGCGUUUUGGAGCACCUCAAUUCACAUUUCAUUGGCAAUGUUUUUUAACAUGUUCUUGAAUAAAAUAAAUCGACUUUAUCAAAGGAGCAAUAACGUCAAAAUUAAGAAAAUGCAACAGCGGGACUAAAUGUCAACAGUAUUAAACAACAAAGCAGUUCUCACAAUGUCCACAAGCAGUUCAUGCUUGUACGCAAACUAUUGUUCUUGAGUCAAUUGACCACAACAUCUAUUUACACUAAAAAUUCCUUGCUACAGACUUUGCACGGAGGAAAAAUGAACAGUAAAAAAAUGUGAUUUUGUAAACGUUUCAGAGGUAAUAAACUCGUUCUUUCUUGAUUAUUGAUAUGUGUCACUAAAUUCACUUAAUUUUCGCGUCAUGUUAUGUUCGCGACACUUAUUGUUCGUGUCACUUUAAUUUCGCGAUUUUUUUGGUGUCGGGAAAAUUUCAUGUAAUAAGGUACACUGAGGUCAGUUUACACUUAAUAUUUCCCAAGUUGGCGACACCUGACAGGUCAAGAUUGGCUUGACCUGCGAUCAGGCGUUUCUUUCUUCUUUUUUUUUUUUCUGGGAAAGGCGAAAAAAGAACGCCUGAUACAUUGGUAGUCUUACACUAGAGCCUAAAUAAGCUAAGAAAUAUUUCAAGGCAAGUAAAUUUUAAUUACUCCAAGUAUAAUAAAGCUUCACACAAGAUCGAUUCUUUUUUACUUGAGGUUAACUUAAGGCUAUUUUCCCACGCAACAUAACUAAGAUUGAUUGACGUGUUUCGCCUUUCUCUAAGGUAAGUCGGUCUUAAGGAUGGUUUUCAAGUCACUUAAACUUUCUUGAAUCGUUUCAUCUUUCCUACUUUAACAAGAUGCAAAGUUAAGUUAUUUGAGAUUUUACUUGGGCCUUCACACACGCAUUUUUGGUUAAGUAAAACUUAGCAGCUCUUCAGUCUUACUUAAAAGCCUAGUGUAAAGACAAGCAUUUACUCCACGAGUCGCCUGCCGCCCCCUAAUUAAGGCAUCUGUCAACAUUUGUGUUGUCGUGUCAGAUUUUAGUGGAAACUCAAGCGAUUUUCAACCAAUGAAAAUGUAACCCCAUUAAACUAAAUUUAGCAGUGAAAAUGCGACCCCAUCCAGCGGCACAUUCCCAUUAACCAAUUACUUCUAGGAAGUAACCCCCUCCCCGUCGAAGAAGAAAUAGCGGAUAUCCUUACCGGUGACAAAUAACAACUCGUCCUCAUGGGCUGUCAAGGUUUUUCUCUCUGCAUUAUUGACUUGAUUUACUAAAAAAGUAUUUAUUUAUCUUUUUUUGAGACCUAGCUUUUAGCCUUAAGCGAUCAUUUUGGGGUUUCUGUCGUGAAGAUGCGAAGGUGACAAAACCUAUCUAAUUGCACCAGAAGUCAAAUAUGUUGCUUGUAACCAAAUGAUGCAGGGCUGCGAAGGAUCUUUUGUUUGUCAACCUAUCAGACAAAAGUCCAGAUUCUGGACUACGAGCAGACGACGCGUGAAGUAAUUUAUCAGGCUUCCUUUUCCCCUCGUCUCCCAAACAAAAGAGAAAAAGGACCGCCUGAUCGCAGUUUAAGAUUGACUUAGAAACUCAAUUUUGUAGACCUCCUGAAGGGGUUGUAAGUGAGAUUUCGCACUUGAAAUGUUGUGCUUUGUCCUUAUCGGCAGCCUAAAUAUCACACACUAAUUUUAUUAUAGGCGUUCCACUUCAGCAGGAACCGCCUGGAGUCAAACAAAGACAGUGUGGAGUAUUUGAAGUCACUUGGAAUCCACCAUCCCUAGACUCUGGUGGCGGUCCUAACUGGCUAUCAGGUCCAGUUAAGUACGUUAGGAGGGGGAAUUGGUGGCUGGCGCAACUGCACGGCCUUCGUUUCAAAUCAUAG